GGACCCGCCCUCGCCAGUCGCCUAUUGGCUGGGGAGACGCGAAGGCCAGCGACGAUUGGCCCGGGAGAGGCGGAGGUGCGGGGCGAGCGGGGUAGGCUGCGCGAGAGGCCGAGAGGGGGCAGCAGGCGAUGGCGGCGGCGGUGGCGGGACGGCUAGGCUGGUUGCUCGCUGCGCUCUGCCUGGGCAACGCCGCGGGGGAGGCAGCGCCUUGUCCACGAUUGCUGGGCUUCUGUCUGGAGGAGGACGGGGCUGCAGGCGCGGGGUGGGAGCGCGGAGGGGCGGCGCGGACCGGCCCGGAGGCCACCUUCCGCCUGCGCCUCUUCGGCCGGGGCUUCGCCAACAGCUCCUGGUCCUGGGUCACCCCCGAGGGGGCAGGCUGCCCUGAGGGCUGGCCGGCCGCCGUGCCCGAGGAGGCGGCAGCCCCCACGGGCGAGUGGCGCGCGCUGCUGCGCCUGCGCGGUGAGGCUGUGUGCCCGCACUCGGCGCUGCUGGCGGUGCGCGUGGAGCCAGGCGGCGGGGCGGCCGAGGAGGCGGCGCCGCCCUGGGCGCUGGGCCUGGGGGCGGCCGGGCUGCUGGCACUGGCGGCACUGGCGCGGGGCCUGCAGCUGACCGCGCUGGCGCUGGCGCCGGCCGAGGUGCAGGUGCUGCGCGAAAGCGGCUCGGAGGCGGAGCGUGCGGCGGCGCGGCGCCUGGAGCCCGCGCGGCGCUGGGCGGGCUGCGCCCUGGGCGCGCUGCUGCUGCUGGCCAGCCUGGCGCAGGCGGCGCUGGCUGUGCUGCUGUACCGCGCGGCCGGCCAGCGCUCCGUGCCCGCCGUGCUGGGCAGCGCGGGGCUCAUAUUCCUGGUAGGCGAGGUGGUGCCGGCCGCCGUGAGCGGGCGCUGGGCGCUGGCGCUGGCGCCGCGCGCGCUCAGCCUCAGCCGCCUGGCCGUGCUGCUCACCCUGCCGGUGGCGCUGCCCGUGGGGCAGCUGCUGGAGCUGGCGGCGCGGCCCGGGCGUCUGCGCGAGCGCGUGCUGGAGCUGGCGCGCGGCGGCGGCGACCCCUACAACGACCUCAGCAAAGGCGUGCUGCGCUGCCGGACCGUGGAGGACGUGCUCACGCCUCUGGAAGACUGCUUUAUGCUGGACGCCAGCGCGGUGCUGGACUUCGGCGUCCUGGCCAAUAUCAUGCAGAGCGGCUACACGCGCAUUCCGGUGUACGAGGAGGAGCGCUCCAACAUCGUGGAUAUGCUCUACCUCAAGGACUUGGCCUUCGUGGACCCCGAGGACUGCACGCCGCUUAGUACCAUCACCCGCUUCUACAACCACCCACUCCACUUCGUCUUCAAUGACACCAAGCUGGACGCCGUCCUGGAGGAGUUCAAACGAGGAAAGUCCCACCUGGCCAUCGUGCAGAAGGUGAACAAUGAGGGCGAGGGUGACCCCUUUUACGAGGUCCUGGGCCUGGUCACCCUAGAGGAUGUUAUCGAAGAGAUCAUCAAGUCCGAGAUCCUGGACGAGUCUGAAGACUAUCGAGACGGUGUGGUGAGGAAGAAACCCGCCUCUCUCAUCGCCCCUCUCAAGCGGAAGGAGGAAUUCUCCUUGUUCAAGGUGUCUGAUGAUGAAUAUAAAGUAAAAAUCUCACCUCAGCUGCUCUUGGCCACCCAGCGCUUCCUUUCCCGAGAAGUGGAUGUAUUCAGCCCCCUGAGAAUCUCCGAGAAGGUCCUGCUGCACCUGCUAAAGCAUCCCAGUGUCAAUCAGGAGGUGAAGUUUGACGAGAGUGACCGCCUCGCCGCACACCAUUACCUGUACCAGCGCAGCCAGCCAGUGGAUUACUUCAUUCUCAUCUUGCAGGGCAGGGUUGAGGUGGAGAUCGGGAAAGAGGGCCUGAAGUUCGAGAAUGGGGCCUUCACCUACUAUGGAGUGUCUGCCCUGACAGUGCCGUCCUCCGUUCACCAGUCGCCAGUGUCCUCACUCCAGCCCAUCCGCCAUGACCUGCAGCCCGAGCCAGCCGAUGGCACCCGCUCUUCUGCGUAUUGUCCUGACUACACCGUGAGAGCACUCUCCGACCUGCAGCUCAUUAAGGUUACUCGGCUGCAGUACCUCAAUGCACUCCUGGCGACGCGAGCCCAGAACCUGCCGCAGUCCCCUGAGAACACUGACCUCCAGAUCAUCCCAGGCAGCCAGACCAGGCUCCUCAGUGAGAAGACCACUGCCGCAGCAGCCUUCCCAGUAGACCUUUCCCUCUUUGGCACACUUGGAAACUGCAGUUGAUAAGUGACUGUGGACUAGUGAGCAUUUUUUGUUUUAAGAGAACACCUGAGGUAAAUAUCUUCCCUUUCCCUUUCUCCCUGCCUUCCUUUCCCAGCCCUUUAGCUGUGGGGCGAGCGGUGCAGACAGCUCCCCACACUGGGAGGCAUUUCCCUGCAGUGGGGAGUGGGUGCUACAUUUUAUCUUUCUGGAAAACAGGAGGGAUCAUGAAACACUGCAGCCUUGGAAAAUAAAGCCUCCUUCUAGCAGAGGGUGCUGUAUUGUCCCAGGCAGGUUCCUCUAGCAUAAUGUCCUGGGCCCCUUGGGGUCAGAAACCCAGGGGCCCUGCAUUCCAGGUCUCUCAGGGGUGGCAUGUGUCCUCAGUGGUUUUCUCUUGUGAGGCUGGAUUAGGCUGUUUCCUAACUGAUCACUCCCAACCCUGCCUUGAUUCCUCUAAGAUGUCCUGAGGCCCUUCUGCCUUACCUGCCCCUUCCUGUCCUAAAGAGGAGUUGGCACUUGGUUUGGGUAGGACUCUCCUGCUACUGGCUUUGAUACUAAUUUGCCUUUCCCUCUCCUUUAGGGUCCAACCACGGCAGGCCUGGCGUCCCCAUGGAGGAGAGCCCUGGGCGGAACCCAGGAGUUUAACUGCUUGCCAGGCAGCCCCAGAUGUGGGGAGCGGACAAGCACGUGGGGAGCUGGAGGGGACCGAGCAGAAGCUUUGUGCCAGCCUGCCCCCACUCCUCCAGGCCACGUUUUAGAUGGCCCUUGUAGAUGUGGGUCCUGGGCAUCCUCAGAAUCAGGCAUCAAUGCCUAGCACCUUCAGCAGGCCAUACCCGCCUUUAGGAGGUGGGGUCAGCAAGGCAUAGCCCUCCAGGCCUGCGUCUUCUGGAAGGAACAAAAGGAAUAUCAUCAUCUCUAGUCCCCAGGGCCCAGCCUUCCCUGCUCCCCUGAGGCUGUGACAGUGCAGUGUAUUUAUACCUCUUCAGGCCAAGCCACCAGAGUGAGUGCACAAUUACUGCCUUUAUGUGGCCGUGACCUAUACUCACUUUGCUUUUUGCCAAUCUUCUGCUGCAGGCAGCACUUUCUGAACAAACAGAGUACACCAGUUUUGGCUGGGAGUUCAAAUCCAUGGUCUCAUCCAUGGUGUGCUUUCUGGUUUCCCUGACAAUCCCAUGUUUCAGAGCACGCACCCCAGCCUCUCCCCUGUGCUAGGCCAGAAGCACAGUUACCCCACUAUUCUGUCCCUCUGGUCCUGCUCCCUCCUGUGGAGGUUGCUUUUUUGACCCCUUCCAGGGCCCCUGAGCAAGCCGGCCCUGGUGGCGCUGAGGGGGCCUGCUCCCUAACCUGCCAUGCCAAGUUGCCACUAGCAGUGUUGUCGGUUUCUGUGUUCUAAGAGGUCAUGCUUGGGAGGAAAGGGCCUUCUUUUUGCAUCUAAUCCUUUCUUCCUUGUGUGAUCCCAGAGGAGAGUAGUGCCUGUUAGAUCUGCUUCAUGCCUUUCCCACAGGCCUCAUGGAGGUGUUGUGUGGCUGUAUCGUGCAGAGCAGCAGGGAGGGGGAACUGUUAAUGAACCAGGUGGACCCUCAUUACCUUUCUUUAAAAAAAUAAGUUUUUCUUAUAUCUCUAAAACACUUCAAGUUCUUUGCUUUUUUCUGUUCCUAGCUACUGGGAUUUAGAGAAGUGGGAACGAGAAGGCAUUUAUCUUUUUCUUCAAAUUCAUCUAUAUUUUCCUUCCUCAGUUCUUCAGCCGUGUGGAAACUGGGGUAUCACAGGAGCAUAGGAUCAUAGAUGGGGAGGGAGGAGGAUUUCUGGAACUUUUCUCAAAGGAAUUUGGGCCCUUAUAAAUGGGACCGAAGGCCACAGGAACAGUGGUGUGCCUGUUCCAAAAUUGUUCUCAAGGAGUGCACUCAAAGAGCAAACCCAGGUGGGAGACAAAUAAUUUGAAAUCAUCUCUCUAGAACAGUGGUUCUUAACCUUGGCUGCACAUCGCAAUCACCUGGCAAAUUAAAAUAUUGAUGCCUAGGCCUGUCCCCGGGCAUCUGAUUCAAUCAGCCUGGGCAUAAGGGUUUUUUAUAUUUUCAAAAUGUCUUUAGAUUUCACUGAAGGGUUUCAUAUACCUUUCACUCAGCUUCCCCUAAUGUUAACAUAACCUCGGUAUAUUUAUCAAAACUAAAAAAUUAACAUUGGUGCAAUGAUACAUGAUACUGUUAACUAAACUACAGACUUAAUUUGGAUUUUACCAUUUUUUUCCAGUAAUGUCCUUUUGUAGGAUCCAAUCCAGGAUAUCAAGUUGCACUUAUAGCUAUUGCUUUUUUUCCCUAACUUUAUAUUUUGAAAUAAUUAGAUUCAUAGGAAGUUGCAAAGAUAGAGAGGUCCCAUGCACCCUUCAUUCAGUCUCCCUCAGUGAUUAUAUCUUAAUUAGAAUACAGUAUCAGAACCCAAACUUUGACCCCUAUGCAAUGCAGGUGUAUAGUUGUACAUCAUUUUGUCACGUGCACAUUUAUGUAAUUACUGCAACAAUCGAUACAGAACUGUCUCAUCACCCCUGAGAUCUCCCCUGGACUACCCCUUUAGACCCCUCCCGCCCACCAUCCCUUACCCUUGGAAACCACUGAUCUGAUCAUCUCCAUUAUUUUGACAUUUUAAGAAUGUUGUAUAAAUGGAAUCAUAACAGUAUGUAACCAUUUGGAAUUGGCUUUUUUUUUUUUCACUCAGCAUAAUUCUCUGGCGAUUCAUCCAGGUUUGUUUCACGUCUCAGUAGAUCAUUCCUCUUUAUUGCCAAGUGGUAUUCCAUGGUAUGCCUGUCCCAUUGAAGGACGUCUGGAUUGUUUCCAGUUUUUGGUUAUUUCAAAUAAAGCUGCUGUGAACAUUUGUGUACA